CUGGUUUUUACUCAACUCCUGUCCUGAUAUCACUCCGCUGGCAUGGUGGAGAAGCGGACCUGAUUAUUGUGAUGGUGGCAGGCGGCAGCCAGUGACUACAGACUUCCGCCACUGCUUCCCAUAUCCGCGUUUUGCACCGUCUGGGCUACUAUCGUUGCCUCACAACCGGACUACCUAGGGCGCUUGUGCUCUUUCCCCUAACUCAACAACAUCUUCACCGGGAUUUCUUUCAAACCAAAACCAUAUGAGAUGCAAGUUAACUGGGAAACUCCGGAGCCCGUUCGGUUCAGACAGCAAAACUUUUUCUCAAAGGACAACACCGUAAAACGGCGAGUGGACUGUUGCUGCUGCUGCCGCUCCUCCGCGGGACGGUUUGUGUGUAUAUGGCCGUAGAGUGCCUGCUAACGUUUAUACCUUCACGGUAUUGUUGGGUUUUCCAGCGCAGUUGUUAGCAGCGUGGUAGCGGCUUUAUUGUUGAAUUCAGUUCGGGGGUUCCUCUGCUCUCACGCAGGCUGGGUGUUAUCUGUGUUUUGUGGAGCAGUUUGUUUGGAAAGACGGUCACUCGCGAGCCCUUCACCAUAUGACUGCUAGGCUCGAAGACCUUUAAACCUCCCCGAUUGUUGCUCGCGUCGGCGGCUGUUGUAGGUCCGCUGUCCGGCUGCUUUGGACCCUUCAUCGGGUAGGACAGAAAGGGAGAGGACACUAGGUGGUGGAGGUGGAGGAGGAGGUGGCCGGAGGAGGAGGAGGAGGAGAAGGUGGCGGUGGUAGCCGUGAGCUUGACGGGGACAAAAGUUCUUCCAAAAUAGCAGCCACUCGGCCUAGUGAUGGGGGACUUCGCCUCCCCCGCUGCCGGACCCAACGGCAGUAUCUGUAUCAACAACAGCAUGAACCCGGCCGCCGGGAGCGUGGUGCCCGCCGGGGCGGUGGGCAUACCUAAACACAGCACGGUGGUGGAGAGGCUGAGGCAGCGAAUAGAGGGCUGCCGGAGACACCACGUAAACUGUGAGAACAGGUACCAGCAAGCGCACGCCGAGCAGCUGGAGAUAGAGCGGAGAGAGACGGUCAGCCUGUACCAGCGGAGUCUGGAGCAGAGGGCCAAGAAGUCGACCGGCGGCAGCGGCAGCAGCAAGCAGCCGCAGAGCAAGCAGCAGGACCCGGACUCUGCCUCAUCCACGGAACAGAGGAAUAACACGCUCAUAGCGCUCCAGGAGACUGUAAAGAGAAAACUGGACAGCGCACGAUCGCCUCUCAAUGGAGAACAGAAUGGCAUCUGUGAUGGAGGCAGCUAUUCACCAACUACCAAACGGGUACGGAAGGAGGGCUCUGGUGGUUUGGAUUCACUAACAGGUCUCCCUAACAACAACAAUAACAACAAUGUACCACCCAUCUCUCCACUACAUCACCAAAUGGACAUUAAACCCUUACUUGGGGGGCCCAACACUUCCACCGGAAACAACACUACAAACAGCAAUGGCAACCAUGUAGGCCAGGCAUCAGAUGAGCUAGGGAAGAACGGUGGCAGCCAUCUUCCGGACAUGAAGCUGAAUGGCUCGCUGGACCUGGAGGACAGCUUCGGCCUCCUCAAAGACCUGAAACAGGAGCCACUGGAUGACGGAGGUGGGAUGGAGUCCUCUGAUCCCCAGUCUCUGUCCAAUCAAAAUAAACUGUUCUCUGACAUCAACCUCAAUGACCAGGAGUGGCAGGAGCUGAUCGAUGAGCUGGCCAACACUGUGCCAGAGGAUGAUAUGCACGACCUCUUUAAUGAGGACUUUGAGGACAAGAAAGAAGCAGAGUUUGGCAGACUGGCAAACAAUCAGACACCAGGCCCACAAGAAGCAGCUGGGAACACAACGGCACCCGGAGGAGGGGCGGCACCAGCAGCAGCCCUGCCUCCUCCUCCUCAGCCUCCACAGGGAGGCCCGCAGGUUCCCAUGGGCUCACCACAGGUCCGACCAUCUUCGUCAGGCCCUCAGUUUGCCACCACUGCCAAUGGAACGCCUCCUCAGCAACCUUUGCAGCAGUCUCCAGCCGUUGCCAUGGCAUCAGGUUCCCCAUUGCACAACUGCGUAGCUCGGUCCCCUCAGACUCCCACCCAGGCUCAGACACAAGCAGUCUCUAGGCCUGGGAAUGGAUACAUUAUGAACCCUGGCCCAGGGGUCAGUCAGGCAGGCACAGGACCUGGAGCGGCUGGAGUUGCCCCUGGAGGUCAGCCUGUAGGACCAGUGACGCCAGAACUUUCUCCAGCAGAGCAGCUAAAAGCAAUGGCUCAGCAACGUGCUAAACUGCUGCAGCAGAAGCAGCAGCAGCAGCAGCAGCAACAAGCAGCUAACUGGUCCCCUGCAGGCGCUCCAACCAGUCCCUAUAACUCUGGUCCCUUUAACCAAGACAAACCCAACAGCCCUAUGAUGUACCCACCGCAAGCCUUUAAUACGCCACAGGGCCCUCUAGUGGCUGGGAUGGCCCCCAACAAUGGGCCCAAAGCCCCCAUGAACAACUACCUCCCUCAUAACCACAUGGGCAUGAUGGGCCAGCAACAGCCAAACAGCAUCAACCAGAACACCCUGUCCAAACAACAGCAGCAACAACAGCAGCAAACAGCAGCCAUAUUGUCCUAUAACAACACCAAACCACUGAGUCACUUCAGUGGCAGCGGGGUUGAUCACAUAGGUCAGAGGAUGACUCCUCCCAUGGGAGGGAACAAUCAGGUGAAGAACCCCAUGAUGCCCCCCUACAUGGGUGGUGGGGGAGGUGGUGGCCAGGGCGCAGGGCCAGGGCAGACCCAGGGGCCAAUUCCAGGCCAGACAGCCCACCUUAGUGAGGAGCAGAAGAGGAUGUUGCUGAUGAAGCAGAAAGUGUUGAACCAGAACAUGCCCUACAGCGCCAUGCAGCCUCAUGGACAGGAACAAGGUGUGGUAGGAAUGUCACGACCUCCAGGCGCCAUCCCGCCUCCUCACCCUGCUGGGGGCGUGGCCUCAGGGGUGGGGCCCAAUCAGGGGUCAGGACCACCUCCGGGCUAUGUGGGCAACCAGCAGCAGGCAGCCAUCAUGAAACAGAUGAUGGCGAUGGAGCAGGAGAAGAGGAUGCAGAUGCAACUGAUGGAGCAACAGAAACAGCAGCUCUUCAGAGAGCAGAGACAGCAGCAGCAGCAGCAACUACUGGCUGAGCAGCUCCAACAGCAGCAGCAUCUCCCCAGACAGAUGGGCCAAGGCCAAAGGAAUCCAUACCCCCAAGUCAAUCAGUACCAAGGUCCUCCUCAGGAUCUAGCGUCCAGAAGCCAGGCUCUCCAGAACAUUCGGGCCGCCCGUCUCCUACAACAGCAGCAGCAGAACCAGCAGCAGAUGGUCCAGAUGAGUUCUGUACAGGGCCAGGGGGGCUCCGUGGGACCCCAAACUGACAUGGGCUUACCCUAUGGCAACCAGGGGUCAAACCAAGGUUCCUUGUAUGGGCUCAAUCCCUCCAUGAGCCAAAUGAUCCACCAGCAGCAGCACCAGAGCCAAAGUGUGCAAGCCUCCAUGGGUCUUCCACCGCAGCACAACCCCGCUGGAGGGCCGCCCCGUCAGGCAGGUGCAGGUCCUGGGGUAGGGGGUAUGCCUGGAGGCCCAGGAGGUGGUGGAGCUGGAGGGUAUGGAGGACAGGGAAUGUUGAUGAACUCCAUGACCCAGCAACCCCUCAAAGGCCCUCCCAAUGCCAAAGCCCAAGCACAGAGACUGCAAAGCAUGCUGGGAGCAGGAGGGGGAGGCGGGGGAAUGACGGCAGGUGGCUGGCCGCAGCAGCAAGGACAAAGUCUGCAGGCCAUGGGAGGAGGAGUUGGAAGGACUACAGGAGGAGGGGGAGGAGACAUGGUGGGGUUCAGUUCCACCCAGGGUUAUGGGAUGCAGCCAGGUCAACCUCCGCGCAUGGCCAAGCAACACUUUCAGGGACCGGGCCAGGGGUUGAGCCAGGGAAUGGACCCCAGAUUGGGCAACCCAGCGGCUGUUAUGGGUGGCCAAAUGAUGGGCCCUCACAUGGGUGGUCAGCCCAGGACCAACCAGCCCCGGCCCAUGGUCAUGAACCAGGGGAUGAACCAGGGGGUGAUGGCCCAGGGGAUGACUGGGAUGGGGGGGUUCGGGCCGAGCCCAGGGGGGCCUGGAAUAGGAGCAGGGGGAGGAGGGAGUGGACCCUACGGACCAGGGGGUGUAGGUGUUGGAGGUCAGCCACCAGGCUACCAGAGGACAGCUAAUCAGGACAUGUCAUCCUAUGGAUAUGGGGGCGGGCCCUCAGGGGGAGGAGCCUUUGGAUUGGCCGAUGGCACAGGGGCGGAGCUGGACUCAAGCGAUGGUUGGAUGGAGGAGUUUUUCCCAAGCCAAUAGCCAAUGGGGAAACUGGAGAAGAGUUUUUACUGGAUGAACUAAACGUUUAAGUAGGAUAUAUGUUAAAACCUGAGAACGUAAAACAAACAGGAUGACAUGAAGUAGACUGGCAUGUUUUUGUUUUGUACAACAUGAGCAAGGUUAUAAAGUAGUUUUUGUGUUAUGUUAUGUUUUGUGUGUGUGUGUGUGUGUGUGUGUGUGUAUGAGAGAGAUGGAGAGAGCAAUCAUUAUGUCUCGUGCAUAUUAAUGAAAAACCAAUAUAGUGAUUAAGAGUUGUGUUUCAUUAGUUUUCCUUUUUUUCUCCAAGGAAUGAAUAUUUCUCAAGUUUCAGUGUUUGAAAGCGAGCCCCGUUUACACAGCGGCGCCUGAGCUUCAGCAGGGGCUGAUUGAACACCGCAGACUGAUGAAGGGGAAGGAAGACUUGUUCUCAAGACAGCAAUUUAUUUGUGUUUGUGUGUUCGUGCCACCCAGCUCAAUGCUUCAUAUCUCUCAACUAUGUGAGGAGCUGAAGGGAAUAAAAAGCACUCUCAGCGCUCCCAUUUCCUCUCUCAGAUUUCUGCCCCACACACACACGCACACAAAUCUGUCGCCUCCACGGUCUCUCUGUUCUCUUCACUUGAUCUCUCUCUCUCUCUCUCUUUCUCUCCCACCCCCCCCGAGACUCGUUCCUCGCUCUCAACACUCCUUUCUCUGUUUAACUUGUGAACAUCACAACAGAACAAAUGAUGUUCCCCUAUUUUCCCACACAAGCGCACUCUGCCCUCUAGUGCUUUUGGUAGGCAACCGACCAUGGUGGCGUUUUUUUUUGUGUGUGUGUUUUUUUCGGGGGGGGUUCAUUUCCUGUGCGUGGCUGUGGAUGACGGGUGUGCAUGCAGGGGAAGACAAAGAGGGAGAAAAUAGGCAGCUAAAGCAAGCACUUGGACUCAAAAGCUCAUGCACACACACACACACACACACACACACACACACGUAUACAAACAGACAAACAAGCAUCAGCCUGGGAGGAUGAGCAUGUGUGUGAGAGGCAGCUAGCACAGCUAAUAUUACAUUAAACCAUCUGCCUGUGUGACACAAACCACACUGCAUUCAUCAGGCUAACACAAAGCAGAAUGAUCGCUGGGCACUGAAUGUAUCUGAGCACCACAAGUGACUUCUUUUUAGGGGAAAAAAAGCUCAUUGAAUGCCCACCCAACAUGUUUUGUUUGUUGCUGUGUUUUAUCUCUAACAAUGAUGCUGGUUGUGUUUUGUCAAUUAAAAGUAAAAAAAAAAACAAAAAACAAAAAAACAAAAACAAAGUUAGCCUUCUUUUAGCUUGUGUUGUCUUUUGAAAAUCUGUUUGUCCUCCCAUCACAGCACAGCCUUCCCUUCCAUUGUGACACAGCUGGUUGUCAAUCACCGUAGCCCUGCUUUACAUUGUGGUUUCUCUUGUACUGCAGCUAUAAAACACCCUUGCUCCAAACUAGAUCAUAACUGUGCUAUACUGUAACACUACUGUGAAGAAAUACCAGUUGUCCCCUUCCAGAGCUUUACAACGAAAUGAACCACUGCUAAGCCUUGACUUUGUUUUAUAGACAGUUGAGAAACUUCAGACUGGACUUAAAGGGACAGUUCAACCCAAAAUCAAAAAUACAUAAUUUUUUCUCUUACCUGCAGUGCUGUUUGUCAGUCUAGAUAGUUUUGGUGUGAGCUGAUGAGUGUUGGAGAUAUCCACAGUAGUGAUGUCCGUUUUCUCUCCAACACAAUGGAACAAGAUAGCACUCGGCCUUGGUGCUCAGAGUACCAAAAGAUACUCAAUUUCAUUUUUCCAGAAAUCAUCAUGUGGUUACUCAAGAUAAUCCACAGACCUCGCUGUGAUCAGUUUCAUGUUGGAACUAUUUUCUUCAUACCGAAUUACACCCACCAACUGUGUCAGCGUCCAGAAGAAAGCAUGCUAGCUCACCUAACACCACUGAGCUAAUUGUGCGUCAGCUCUACAACUAGUUGACUCUUCCUCUACUCAUAUGAACCCAGAAACAACAGCAACAUUUAACGAAGGUAACGUUUCAAAACUUGGCUCCAUUAUAACUCACAAGGUUCACCAACAAAAGAGCUGCCUUGUACUAAACACUUUUCCCCCCAAAAUACAACAUGCUAACCUUAUUAGUGUGAGCCUAUCACGAUUUACAUUGCAUAAAUUAGCCUAGCAGCUCACAGAGUUUUUCUCUACUCUUAUGAAGCCAGGAUAAAUCACACACGGGACAUAAACUGCCAGUUUCUUAUCUGUAAAAUAAAUGUAAAUAAAAGCAUAGUUUCCACUUGCAUACAAAAGAAAAAUAAAAAAUAGAAGUGCUCUGUUACAAUGACAUGCAUUUACAUUUCUGCAGUGAUGCACGUCAGGCUACAAUGUAGGCUACGUGUCUACGCAGAGCCUAUGCUGUAGGCACGGCACUUUAAAGUUUCAGGUAUAACGUGUGUGUACAUAUAUAUUUAUAUAUAUGUACACACACGUUAUACCUGAAACUUUAAAGUAUAUAUAAUAUAAUAUUUAAAGUAUGUAUAUAUGUAUAUAUAUGUAUAUAUAUAUAUAUAUAUAUAUAAAUCCUGCUUAAUGUCACAGCUCAGCCGAGGAGGACGUCAUUUAAGUUUACAUCUCGCACUGUCAUGAGGACGAGCCUCUCAUCCAUGAGUAGAUGCACACUUCCUUCUGAACGACACACUGAGUGCUAAUUAGAAGGCAGACAUCUCUACAGCAAAUAUCUCGAACAUUCUGCAACUCACACAAACAAUCUAGACUUAUAAAUAGCACUAUACAUUACAGGAAAAAGAUGUACUUUUGAUUUUGGGGUGAACUGUCCCUUUAAAGGGUGACGACGGUUGGCGCCAGUUAGCGCCAAAACAAUAAGUGCUUCCACUGUCAUCAGUGUCUCCCCCUCUCUGAACUUACUUAAGUAAACUGUGGGCUUUACUCCAGACCUUCUGGCUUUCAUUCAUCAUCAACAAGCUGUCCUCUCUUUUGCCCUAAUGGUUGAGUAAUAAAUAUGUGUCAAAUAGGUUUUAAUACAGUAGUCGUUGGUAAGAUAACACUUUACUUCUCUAACUGUUUUGUAAUCUAGGUGAAGAGGUGAAUGAGAGCGUGUUUGUAUUUGUAUUACUUUGUGUUUAGCUCAUCAGAGUGAAAGUUUGGAGAGUGAUACUGUAAUCAACAAACCAAAAAGCCUUCUUCUUCUCUGUAAACUAACUCCUUGUCAUCAACGCAUUUGAUGCAUUAUCUCAUGGUUGCUGAUGUUGUAUAAUCCAACCCUUUAAAUACAAACUUUAACCACCACGCCCAUUGUCCUGUAAGCAUUGCUGCAUAUGGCAGCACCCACGAAUGAGGUUUUGUUCUUUGGUUGUGUCAUGUUUGAGGGAGCAGAAGUCCUCCGUCUCACUGUGUGGAAUCUGAAGGUCAACAGCAAGCAGAUGUUUAGGGUUGUAGCGUUUCCUGGUUUAUCAGGGAAGAUGGUGAAAUCAAUAAAAACUCUGUGUCAGUGUCUAAAUAAACUCUUGGAUUGUUUGCUCAUGCUUCCAAAACUUUGAUACCGCUCUAGUACUCCAGGCAGGCUCCAAUAAAAGUUCAGUGUCAGACCAGUGAAAUGGAGAUGGUGUGUAGGAAAACACCUGAGUUUUACCACUCCAAACUGGAGGCGGGAAGGUAGAGAGACAUUUGUGGAUCAGUGUUAAGAUAACGGCCUUUGUGACCUUUUUGUCUUCUUCAAAGUAAGGGUUCAUGUUAUGAUUUGAAAUCCCUUCAAGAAGAGAAAGGAAGCUUCCUCCAAAUAUCAUUAUGUACUGGGACCAAGUCUGUAGACAACAUUUUAACAAAAAUUGUUGUUGAUGUUCUUUAUUUUAUUUUAUUUUAUUCGUUUGGUUGUUGUUUUUUUACUGGUGCUGACAUAUAUGUGAUUAUGAGAAAAAGUAUAUAAAAGAUAAUGGCUAUUUGUAAAUAUGUUUUUACAGGUUUAAAUACAUCAGAUAAUACAGUCUCUACUCUGUAAAGAAUUUACUGUUUGUUGGAAAAUAGAGAAGUAUUUUUAUUUUGAAGUUUUUUGGUUUCACGUUUAACCCAUCUGAGCUAUGCCAUUGCACUUCAGACAAUGUCUUACUACUAAUUUGUAAUGUAAACCUCUCUUUUUGGAUUUUUUUUUUUCAUUUGUUUUUUCUAGUUUGAGAUUUGACUCUGUUCUUAAGCAGUGCUUAUUUCUUUUUAUCCUGUACAGAAUUCUGAAAUGUUAACAAAAGAGAAUUACAAAAGACUUUUUUUUUGUUUGUUUUUCAAAAAGAUACAAUAAAGAGAGAAUGUU